GCACACACACAUAUACAAGCGUACAGUCGCAACAUCUUAAAAAAUUGAAACUUUUAUUUUGCAGUGUUAAAACUUAUCUAAACGAAAAUAACUCAUGUAAUUGAAAGUUUGUCAGUAAUGAACGUUGCAGAAGUAUAAGAGUAACUGUCGAAGCGCCGCGGUAAGCAAGUGGACGACUAACAACCACAUCAUGAUAGCAUCCGAAUCGGAGGCAAUAAACUCAGCCACUUAUGUGGACAAUUACUUGGAUUCCGUGGAGAAUCUGCCCGAUGAUGUACAGCGCCAGUUGUCUAGAAUACGGGAUAUCGAUGUUCAGUACCGAGGUCUAAUUCGCGAUGUGGACCAUUACUAUGACCUCUAUGUGUCCCAUCAGAACUCACGGGACAGCUACCGUCGCUCCCGUUAUAUGAAUCGCAUGCAUCAAUGUCUAAUACAGGCACAAGAGCUUGGUGAUGAAAAAAUGCAAAUUGUAAAUCAUCUGCAGGAAAUAAUUGAUGUGAAGGUGAGACAACUGGACACAGACCAGCAGAAUCUCGACCUGAAAGAUGACCGAGAUCCAUACAUACUGCUUGACGAUGGUCCACCGACAAAGAUUCAGAGGCUACAGAGUCCAAUGUGUGAUCAAGGCAACAGCGUGGGCAACAGCGGGUUGAAUAACAGUGGAAUCGGAGGCAGCGGAAGCAAUUCCGUAUCAAAGGACCACUAUGGUUCAGUUCCCUUUGGUGCUGUUGUCGGUGUAUCGUCGACAGUGGGUGUUAUCAGUGGAAAUGGAGGAAACUCAACGCCGACAUUUGAUCGUUCCAGCCACAUAGGAAAUGGUGGCAACGGCUUAAAUGGCAGUUAUUGUGGCGCUGCCAGCGAUCUUCAGCGAUCAGGAAGCAAACGCUCACGAAGACGCAAUGAAAGCUUGGCCAAUAAUGGCAGCUCCACUGAAAUGGGCGGCAACGAAUCCAAUUCGGCAAAUGAAGCUGGCGGCAGUGGAAAUGGGAAUAGUGAACGCAAAGGAUCCAUGGGCAGCGCCAGUGGUGUUGCUGGCCAGCGUAAAAGUCAUGUACAGAUGUCAAGCGGAGCCGUUGCCGGUGGUGCAGCUGGCGGUGCUGGCAACAGUGGUGGCAACAACUCCGGCAAGAAGAAGAAACGUAAAGUCCGUGGCGCUGGCGCUUCGAAUACAGCAGCGAAUGCGCGCGAGGAAACGCCGCCACCAGAACCCAUUGAUCCCGACGAGCCAACGUAUUGCGUGUGUAAUCAGAUAUCCUUUGGAGAAAUGAUACUCUGCGACAACGACUUGUGCCCUAUCGAGUGGUUCCAUUUCUCAUGCGUAUCCCUUGUGCUCAAGCCGAAGGGUAAAUGGUUCUGCCCCAACUGUCGCGGUGAAAGACCCAAUGUUAUGAAGCCGAAGGCGCAAUUCUUAAAGGAACUUGAGCGCUACAAUAAGGAAAAGGAGGAGAAAACUUAAAUCGUGUUGUUAUUACAGUUUUGUGUUGAACACUAAGCCGUUACAAUUAGAUAUUAAUUCUUGGCCCUACACUAUGUAAAUUAUUCGCUUCUAAAAUAUGUAGUUAUUGUAAACGACCCUCUCUCCCCCUUUUCGCUAAUUGAACUUAAGAUUGUUUAUUUGGUCUUUAUGCCCCCUUUGUACACACUAUAUUCAGUGGUUAGAGGUUAUCAAUUUUAAUUUCAAGUAUUUGUAUAAACAUUUACGCUACCUUAUUGUAUAAGCUUAAAUUUAAUAAACAUUAACAUUCAUUCUAAAUGUGAAAAAGUAGAAACUGGGACAGGUAAUUAAAGGCUCACAGCAAAUUGGAUUAAAUCAAUAAGAAGUUGAGACUACGGACACCCAGCUCUAGCCUAAUUCGAUAUCCCACGGACACCCGUUAUAUAGCCAUACAAUUUCCAGUGUGAAGCCGGACAUGUAAUAUAAUUUUAAAAUAAAAUAGUAUGUACUUUGUA